AUGGUUAGGAGGCUCGGGUAUUACAUGGGCAAAAACGACGAUCCUCCGACAAGGGCGAGGCGGGCAGAUGCCGUCGACUGCGUAUGGAUGUUGGCAAGGGCCGUCAAGGACAUUAACGCUGUCGACGCUGGUGGAAGGACAGCGCUGCACCUGCUCCUCCACUACAACUUGAACCUAAUGUUUCUCAAGCACGCGUCCAUGGUACUCUGCCAGCAAGGCAUUGGGAUACACAUCCGGGACCACGACGGUCGCACGGCGGCGGAUAUUCUCCGGUGUCGGUACGGCAAUCGGCGGGCGGACUGGAUGAUGGAGAUGUUUGAAUGA